GGAGGGUGUUAAAUAAGCUGAAGGAAACAAGCAGGAUUGCUGGAAAGAGAACAGGGGGAAGCGUCCCCCUCCUCCGCUCACACUCAAGCAGCUGAAGGGCAGGCCACAGCCUGCUGAAGGUGGAGUCUUCAGGCCCUGAGUGAGGGGAUCCUGGAGGGUCCCAGGACACAGUAGCCCUUGUCAUGGUGCCCAGCCUUCCCCUGCUGCUCCUAAUGGGGCUGUCUUUGUGUGCUGUGGCAGGUGACGGUGGGGAGGAACUGACCCUCGGCACUGAAGCAGGAUCCUGGGUAACCGUGAACCUGCAGGUAGGCGCUGUCGCCAGUAUUCAGCUCCAGCUGCACGAGGUGAAGAGGGGCAAGGCCAGCCAGUUCUUCGGGCUGAUGGGGAAGCGGGUGAGAGGGUAUCGGACAGGACAAAUGGUUCAGGGCUCACUGGGCAGGAGAGGAUUAUCCAGGAAAGGUCUGGUCAUUGACUAUUAG